UCGGCUUUCGGUGUGAUCUUCAUACCAGUUGGAGACGAACCUCGGACGUCACUGAAUUGGUCUAGGCUAAUUUAACGCUCUGUAACGUCGUAAGGAUGUAAGCAGUGAACAAUACAGAGUCUCAAACUUUGCCGAGAAGUUUCCAAUCAGUAUCCAAACUUUUUCGUUCUCGUAAAAGGUGUCAACGGCAAAUAGAAAAGAAGGAGGAUGAGGACGAGAGCGUAAUUAAUCUAUUCGCAGCACGACAAUGAGUAAAAGCCUUCUUAAGUACUCGGGGAUCAACGCUGUUUUUUCAAGUGACACCGCUGGCGGCAACUUAUAGUCCAGCUUACUCAUUCAGCAUCAGGAACAGACUUUUCAAUACAAUAUAGCCACCGUCGCUGCUUAGUAACGUACUGAGACGCAUGACGAACAGCGACACCGGUAACAGAUCAAGAGGCACGGGUUCUUCUUCAUUCGUACUGUUAUGGUCCGGCAUCAGUCCACUGUGCCCCUAACGCUUUGAUGUUCUGAUUAAAUCGGCCGAGCCCGGGUGGAUCCUGCCAUCCGUCAUUCUAGUCAAACGCUGCACACUCUAUUAGCAUAAAGACAAAUUUACAUUAAGCCCGACAAAUUUGAAAGGUCUACUCACGAACAAUAGCCAACGCUUCUCUGCCAGCAGCCAUUCAGAUGUCAACCGGUGAGCUUCAUCAACAAGCUGAAGCUAUGGCGCGAUGACAGGUAUUCGGUUCUCUCGUAGUCUACUAGAGCGACAUCAAGCUUUAUUCAGCAACUGCAGCAGCAGGGUCGUAACUACACCUGUUACAACAAAUAUGUAGUACUGGUGCAAACGAUAAGUUGUAGUUAACAAUACUAAUAACUUCCAGUGACUAAUUCCCAGUGUCAAUUAUUGUUCUGCAAAUUCGGAAACAAUCGGGUUUGCGCAAAUUUGUGAUCGCCUAUUAAAGUAGACUCGACCCAUCGGCAACGUUUCCGAUAGCUGCAACAAUACGACUGAUGACAACUUCAAUAACAACAAUAAAAGGCAUUAACAUUUUUGUUGCUUGUUGGGAUCCGAGCACUCGAUACCCAAGUGGGUCUUAUGCAACAAUCGUGGGUCUUCGCGACAGACCCGGACGAAUUCUGAAUUCGUUCAUCAACAACCUUAAUUGUUUUGCUAUUUACGAGAAACCACAGACUAAUUGUCGUCGUAGGCUUCCUGAAAGUUCUCUACGACUUUAUCACUGUUGUUGUCUUACUGCUGCUGCUCUUCAUCUCGGUAAUUUCGAACAGGAAUUCCGAAUCCAGCGACUGCGAUCUCGGACCCUGUCUAGCCGCGUUUAGCCUGAUAGGGAACCAACGACAGGACAUAACAGCCACCUGUUAACGCUAUUCCGCCGACGCGAUUCUUUGCGCCUACGUAUAUGUGUUUUUGUGUGCACGAAUUUUCUAAGCAACAGAACGAGAGCAACGAGGAGUCAGCAGCCCAACAAGAGGACAGAUAAUUAGGACCGAUAACGAAGAUUUGAGACAUACCUCAUUUAUAACAGCACCGCGUUAUAUCGACUAAAAAAGAUUUCGUUGUCAACACAUCCCGGCUGCUAAUAGAAAUUAUACGUCCACUAAUUAUAAUUUGUACAUUUCAAGAUAAUUGUCUAGCCCUCCGCAUCAUUGUUUGCCGCCAGACGUUAUUUCCGUAACUGGCAAUUGUAUCAAUCAAAUCAUCAAUCUGUACGAUUCCCCUAUUGUAGCACGAGCGAUAUCGCGGCGGCGACGACGGCGGCGGCGGCGGCGGCCGCGACGCCUGUACGUUAUUUACGUGUUGUGUCGCAGAUCGUACGUACACUCGUCUUGAUCGUGCGGGUUCAUUCUCUUCUAUCAAACAGUAGGAGUUCUCCUUCCUCCCUGGAGAAGGGUCUCUGAGAAACGAUAACCACCGUCGAACGAGUAACAUCAAGCCGACCGCUCAAGUCCAAACCUGAGGACCAAUCUCCGUUGGUCAAAAGACGCAGAAAGUUUCACAGUUGCCGCACUUCCAGCUCAGUACACAAGGACACUGCAACCCUCUUUGAGAAACAGGUGUGGGCGUGCGAAUUUGUGUGUCAGGGCCGUUACUGAAACACGCGCUAAGGACGAUGUUCAGCAGUAGUUAUAACAGGAAGGUGAUGGAUAGAAGUGCCCUGUCCGUAUUGCUGUUGUCCGCUGUGAUCGGUCUAUCGUUCGCGUCAAUGGAAUCUUCUAUGGAUUCGGACGGAUCGGCGCAAGUGCAGCUUCGUGACUUAUUCCAAGAGUUUCAGGGUCAAGAAGACAAACGAACAGUUGAUUUGGGUGGUAGCAACAACUUUCGUCGUGGUAGUGGUGAAACAGGUGGACUUGAUUUGUCACAACAAUCUCCACCUUUUUGGGGUAGCGUAGCUACAUCAGCAGCUCAGCGCGAACCCAGCUGCGCCGAACUGCGCGCGAUGUGGCGUCAUACUCGUCGGAUCAUCCGACAUGCAGCCGCUGUUUCGGAAGAUGACCCUGCGUCGCCAACUAGUGGCCGUAAACUAGUUGCUGGCCAUCGGUUGCCGUCAUUCGUUAAUACUGUAGAAUAUGCGUUCGCGCCUAAGUUCCUGCGUUUCUGGCACGCUCAGCCAAGGGGGCGAGGCGCUGCCGGAACAGCGGCAGCGACGACAACGACAAGGAUGGCCAUGACGCCAGGAACGGCCUCCGGCGGUGCCGCCACCCCCAGUGAGGCACUGCCCGUUGGUCGUGUCCUGCUUACGAAGACAAAGAGCAAGCGACCGCCACCUAAUUCACUAUCGGUAACGUUGAACACUGAGUACCAGGUACUACCCGGGCGGUCUUCGGGAGAUAAAGUGCCACGCAGCCCCGGAGCCCUGAGCGCCUCGACCGGCGACUUGGGCGCUCUAGCUGGAGGCGUGGGUUACUUCCACGAGGACGACGAAGGUGGUGAGCUGGUGUUCCAAAAUCCGUCGGGCACGCUGGACGGACUGCCUCGCGGGGACGAGGCCUUCGCCGGCGCCUACGGCACGAUCGUCCGUAGUCCGGAGGAGAAGGCCAAGCUGCGCAGGGAAUUCUUACUCAGCGGGGCUGCCCUUAGCAACGACCGACUCGCAUCGCCGUUUUCAGCAAACUUGAACAGUGCGAAGGACAUGAACACAAUUUACAGCAAGGACAGAAGCUUCAAUUACUACAACCAAAAUUACAAACCCUAUUAUCGCUACAAGUCCAAAUUCGAAAUUUGCCGUGAGAAGGUUGAGAAUGCGCCGUGCCGUAGCGAUGCAGAUUGUUUUUGCAGCAAGAGCGUCCACCCGUACAUUUGCCACGACGCGCUCGGCGUCUGCACGAGAAAAGGCGGCAUGCAGGUGUUGCGGGACACAUACGGACGGUGGUUCCAGAGGCCCUUCGACACGCGAGAGCUUGGCUUCAAUCAACAGGAGAGCGUCGGUAGGACAAAUAGCAAUUUCAACAAUCUUUAAGGACGUCUCGGUCCUCAAGGGGCAAGUGCGGAUAAAGCUCGCUUAGAUUCCAAUCAACAAAGUCACUUCACGACUUGACUGACGCUUCCUUAAACCCUUCCCUUUUAUUUGAAACCAAUCGCAAACUAUCACCGUCUGCCACUCAUCUACCACCAGAUUCUACUUAGGCGUGGAUAAUGUCGCGAGUAUUUUAAGGACGUUGAUUGUUCGUGAGCUAUGGACUAUGACUGAGAACAAAACUAUUGAAGGAGAAAAAGGAAACGUGUUUUUGCAAAAAUUCGUGCUAUAUAUAGAAAACGAGCGCGCAAGCCUUUAGCGCUAAAACAAAAAGAACGAAAACUCACCAUAAUGAUGAUGACAAAGCAUUGCAACAUUCCUUAUUUAUUGCGUUUCAUUUUAGAAGCAUACCAAAAAAAAUCAUGUUCCCAAGUAGUUCACUGGACCCGAUAUGCGCCCACCUUACGUCGCAAUGUUUUGAUAAUCAUACAACUAUACUAUCAUACCUUCUCACUACCGUAUAUCCUAUUCGCAUAAGUACGUUUUCGAUAGAGACAAAUAUACAAAAUAGAAUUCGGCGGAAGGCGUAUGAAUGCUUAUCGCAUGUCACGCGUACUUCGUCUACCAUUAUUGCAGCGCCGAAUUACCCAUAACAAGAGCAAAAGAAAGCUUCUGCUUGUUGAUGGAGACGCACUGCGUGAGAAUGGACCGAGUAACCUGCGCAACGAUUUGCAGGCGUACGCCAGCCACAAUAGCGCCCUCUUGUAUUACUACCCACGACCAGACACACACGUACGGUAAACUAGUAUUAAUAAAUACACAUUACAGUUUGUCAGAUUAGGGUCGCCAUCUACCUAUUACCUACACACAAAAUAACCGACUCCAAGCAGGCUACGUUUCGGUGUAGCCGUUACAGGCCACUGAACGUUAGCAUGAAAAAUAGUCUGGGCGCGUAAGAGGACGUGUGUCCAUAUAUCUGUGUGAGUAAGCCUGUAUAAAUGUGUGUAUAUGCAUUUAUCUAUAAAAGGGCGUAUACGUGAAAACCUAUGUUUAAAUCUCGACGAAAAAUUUAAGUUAUGUACACGUUAAAUCGACUAGAAAUAAUCUUUUCCUCUUAUACAUGCACGAGCAUAAAAACGUGCAUGGGUGUAUGUGGAUACGAAGCCGCGUCGCCUUUAGCAUUUAUUCAGUGUUGAAUUAAGUACCUCAAUCGAGUUACCGAGCGCGCGUUCGCAAUAGCGCUAACACAUCAAUUAAGAGGAAUCAUUCGAUAAACGGUUUGAGCUUAUAUGGAUGUACGUGACACAAAAUUUAAUACUGUAUAUAUUAAAAAAGAAAAAAGGAUCAACUGACUAAAUGCAAAAAUAUAAAGGAGUCAAUAAUGUGUUUCAUAUACUCACUGGAGAGAUACGUUCUAUAUGUAGUCAAUAUUAUAAUACCCAAAAAUCCAUUAAAAAAAUGAUCACAUUACCGACGAUAAUGUAUGGCCAAUGUACGAUUCUUUAACGAUAUAACGACUAUGCGGGUACAGGUGAACGAGACACAUCGACGUGCACCUUCUGUAUCCUGGACGUUCACUCUAUGAUAUAGCAGAGGGUAUAGAAGAAAAAUACGAUAACAUUUCACGUACGUAAACGUAUGUGAGUGAGUGAGUGAGUGAGUGAACCUGGUGACAAGCGUGACGCUAGCAAUAGUAAUAUCAACAGCGAUAUGACCCAUUCGUGACGCAAAUCAUGGAGAAAUUUAUAUGUGCGCAGACGACACCGAUUACCUAGAAGACCCUUACCGAUAAAUGAACAAACAGGAAUAGGUGAUUAUUACGGUUAUCCGCAAACGUCUACAUGAGUAUCGCCAUGUUAGCCCCGCCCUUUUUUGUCACCUCCUAGUGUAAUCAUAUACUAAAAUGCCCAUCAAUGAGCUGAAAUUAUUAUUCAGCUUUUAAGUAGCGAAUACAAUGUAAACGUGAUAGACAUGUAAAAGCAUAAGUGAUGCUCGAAAGGUGAAGGCGACAAUAUUGGUCUGAUGAUGUCGGGUGGAAAAUCUCCCGCCUGACACGUCGCCGCACUCAGCACGAUACGCUCGUAAGCAAACAAUGGUCUUCCACACCUACUUAGUUACGUCCGCACCAUAGUUAAAGUGACCACGCAAUGAAAACAAAAAAAAACUAUACCGGAAGACGAACAGACGCUAUUCAGCUAUGCGUGACCAUUCCGAGUCUGAAAGCUGCUCUCAUUUACCGAUGACAAAGAUAUGAAUAAUAUUAAUGAUUACAACAAUCAUAAUAUAAUAAUAACAACAACACUAAUAUAUUAGAGACGGCACUAUUUCGAACUACUAUUAAGCACGAUUACGAAUCAAGUAGUAAGUGUCAGCCGAAUAUAGAAUUAUGCGCAGAAGAACACCCACUCACACAGAAACACGUUGAUCCACACAGCCUGAUGUACAUUUAUCUUUUUAGCAUCACGUAACCAAGCAGCGCUCUCUCUCUCCUACACGAAAAAUAAAUAUGACAAUAGUAAAAAUCGAAGAAUAUAAAAUGUCGUUCGUCUACCUAUUACUCGUUGUCCGAUGACCCGAGUUUCACGUUCCUUAUUUCCAAUAUAUAUAUAUAUAUAUAUAUAUAUACAUAUAUAUAUAUAUAUAUAUAUAUACAUAUAUAUAUAUAUAUAUGUAUGUAUAUUCACAGACCAGAGCUUUUGCAGCGUCGAUUUUCCCUUCAACCAACCGCUUGUAAGGAUAUACUCGAGUUCGCAGUGAUAGUAUACACACAGGCUCUCACCGGAUUACGUAUACACAUGUGUGAACAGGAGGGAGAGACAAUUGCACUAACGGACUAAGAAAUAGACAAAGCAAAAAAAAUAAGUGUCUUCGUGGCUCCCUAGGUUGCUAAUUGCUUUUGUCCUAUCUAAGCGAAAUAUGGUAGAGUAAGCUGUCACAUUAUAUUGAUGCACUCACCGUGCCACCCUCAAGCAUACAUAAAUACACGUACAGGUAUCGCAUGUAUAAAGCUUGUAGUAUCUGUACGUUUAUUCAUUAUUCUUCGCGAAUGAUAUUUUCUAAUAUAAAAACAUAAAUAAUGCUAAUUAAUAAAACAAUGUAUCUUGCUGCUGCAAGUGCGCGUACGGUAUUCACAUCGUUUUAUUAAACUACACAUGUAAAUGACAGUACCAUUAUGAUACCUUACAAUGUCAAAAACAAGAUUUCAGCCAAACAAAAACACAUAUCACAAAGCCUAGCAAAGCGAUUAAGAUGUCUUUUGUUGAUAUGUUCUUCUUUUGAGCGUACCAUUUAUGGCCAAAAAGCCGGGUGCUGUUUAUGACGCAUCAAUGACCAGAUCGAAACUGAAAACAUCAUUUUGUCGAUUAAACACUUUUUGUCAGUUACCUCAGGUACACUCCAUAGUUAAAUACCCCCUUAAAAUAGAUCCAGUGUUUAGCCCCCAACGCAUUCAGGUUUCGACACGCUCCGAGCUUUAAUUACAGAUAUGCAGACGGUGUCAGCCAGAUCAAUACAGAACUUCGAAUUCUGUUAGGACUUGAGUGUCUAUUCUGGUCAGCUAAUAUGAACUUCGAUGUUAUCAUACACGUACCUCGUAUAAAACGGUCCAUAACUAACUAUAUUUUUGUUGUGGUUCGCCCCGUAGUAGGCGCUUUGGUGCUGGACCCCACCGUGAAAAAGAGCGCAAGCGUAGCCCAAAAGACACAACUUAUCACAACCUUCAAUUUUACUUCAGUUCUAAGAAGACGUGACGAUACAAUCGUAUUGAAGAAUGCAUAUCCAUCACCGAAAAGCGUAAAGCUUCCACUUCAACUAGUGUAAUCGAAGGGAUAUCGUCACGUUAAAAAAGGUCUUCGAGUGGAACGGUAACAGAACCGUAUACACUAUAGUUCACAAUCACAUGGCUAUUCAGGCUCCAACAGCUACUAAAAUAAUAUUGUUAUUAUCGUUACCUACAGUUUAUAUAGCGAUGUGGAUUAUUUGAGCGGGAAGUUUGAAGCACUGCAAUUACGAACGAUUACUCCUCAAGUGCGCCUCUAUUUACAGCCUUCACUGUAUACAUCAGUGAGCACGCAGACGAUGCGCAGUAGCGGCAGCACAAAGCGGCUAGCAGAACAAAUAGAGACUUUUGAGCUAUAGUCCAAAAAUAGGAGCCGCGUAUCUCAUAAUACUAUCCACCUCACGAUUCGGCCUAAAUCUAAGAGGGCUAACAUAUGUUGUUAUACUUUGUUGUGUUAAUCCUUCGUAGCUGUUUUCAAGCAUCAAUCUACACACGGAAAACGGUGCAAAAUCAAAUCUGGGACACUAACUACGUAGCAAUCUAUAAUACACCAUGACAAUAUCAUCAUACAGCGUAAAUGUCGACACUGAACAACAACAAAUGUUAGUAAUUGAUUAGUACCGUGAAAAUAGGCAUCCACUUUUCUAUCGUCCUCGAGCAAAUGAUUAAAUUGGGAAAGUUUCGAGAAGGUCUGUUCUUCUGUGAUGCACAGCGAUCCAAAACAUUCAUUCUUUGCUUAGAAUAACGUUAAAAGCAAUAAUCGUAAACCUGUCUAGUAUUUGCCACGUUUAUUGCGAUUGAUUUUAUUUUUACAAGCCCUCUUUUUAUAACGACUGUUCGUUUAUUAAAUAAAUCGAUUGACUAACAUCUGUUAUUUCAAAGAGAUAUAGGCCGCAAUUCUAAUCGUACAUCUCUUUUGAUCACUUUUCGUUCAACAAAUUCGCUGCUAUAUGGCAGCACAUCGAUACCAUGGAUUUUAGGUGAGCUGGAAGACACAACUACAAAUCUCAAAUACGCCACCUGUGGCACUCAUUUAACUGUAUAAUGUAAAGCCAUGUGAUGAUGACGGUGAUUGUUAUGAUGUUAACAGAGUAAUACAUAGACAUUCAUGUCUGCAUUCGAGAAUAACAAGUAAAUAAAUAUACUGGCAUCUAUAUAUAACCCAUGUAAUAAACUGAUAAAACACUCAGAAUAAGCUAAAUGGUAGUCUUCCACAGUGACAUAUAUAUAUAUUUACA